AUGGCAGCUUUUGAGAACUUCGAUAAUAUCUUCCUGGACUUAUCCAAAGAGUCUGGGAAGUGCCGAUUCGCAGAAAAUGGUCUCGGUUGGAAACCUUCUGCGGGCGGCAACACCUUCACGCUCGACCGCAGCGACAUCGCCAACGCGCAAUGGAGUCGUGCUGCAAAAGGCUACGAGGUUAAGAUUCUCAAGAGAUCCUCCGAGCUUGUCCAUCUCGACGGUUUCCAACAAGAGGAUCUAGAGCGCCUGAGCAAAAUAUUCAAGAACUGGUACAGCAUAAAUCUGGACCCUAAAGAACAUGCAUUACGAGGCUGGAACUGGGGUAAGACUGAGUUUAGCAAGGCCGAGCUUGUCUUCAAUGUUCAGAACAAGCCUUCCUUCGAAAUUCCCUACUCCGAGAUUUCAAACACCAAUCUUGCUGGCCGUAACGAAGUUUCCGUCGAAUUCGCCGCAUCGAACGAGGACGAUACGGGCACGAACGGACACCUAGGUGGUGCACGAGGUCGCGGCAAGAAAUCCGGUGCGGGCAAAGAUCAGCUCGUAGAGAUGCGUUUCUAUAUCCCCGGCACUACCACCCGUAAAGAGACGGAGGGAGAGGAAGCAGGAAGCGGUGCCGAAGAGGAGAAGAAUGCUGCAACUCUAUUCUACGAGACACUCAUGGACAAGGCCGAGAUCGGCGAGACCGCAGGUGAUGCGAUCGCUACUUUCUUGGAAGUUCUGCACCUUACGCCACGCGGACGGUUCGAUAUCGACAUGUAUGAAGCGUCGUUUCGCCUCCGCGGCAAGACGUACGACUACAAGAUACAGUAUGAGGCUAUCAAGAAGUUUAUGGUCCUUCCGAAGCCAGACGAUCUGCAUUUCAUGCUAUGCAUCGGGCUAGAUCCACCUCUCCGCCAGGGACAGACGAGGUACCCAUUCAUAGUCAUGCAGGCCAAGAAGGAUGAGGAAGUGACGAUCGAUCUCAACCUCACCGAGGAGCAGCUGAAUGAGCAGUAUAAGGAUCGUCUACAACCUCACUAUGAACAACCGCUGCACCAGGUUAUUACCUACAUUUUCAAGGGCCUUGCUAAUAAGAAAAUCACCUCUCCGGCCAAGGAUUUCAUGACACACAGAAACCAGUUCGGCAUCAAGUGCUCAAUCAAAGCGGCGGAAGGAUUUUUGUACUGCCUCGAGAAAGCCUUCAUGUUUGUACCGAAGCCCGCAACCUACGUGUCGUAUGACCAAACGUCUUCUAUUGUCUUCUCCCGUGUUAGUGGCGCGGUCUCCGCAUUAUCAACUUUCGAUAUUGCGGUUCAUAUGAAGAGCGGUGGGGCGCCUCAUCAAUUCAGCAAUAUUAAUAGAGAGGAUCUGAAGGCGCUCGAAGGAUUCUUCAAACUCAAAGGCCUGCGCGUAAAGAACGAGAUCGACGAGGAUGCCAAUUUACUUGCUGCUGCCCUUCGCCAGGAAGUCAUGGAUGAAUCCGAAGAGGAAGUGGUCGGUCCUCGAGCGGACCGUGGUUCCGCCGACGAAGAUGAGGAGAGUGUGGAUGAGGACUUCCAAGCCGAAAGCGAGAGCGAUGUCGCCGAGGAAUACGAUUCGGCUCACGAAUCGUCUGGUUCGGGGAGUGCGGAGAGCGACGUUGAUGGUGGGGAGGACCGGGAUGAGGAUGAAGAAAUGGCAGACGAGGAAGAGGAACCGAAGCCCAAGGCCAAGAAACAGAAAACCGGGAAAUAA